UUCUGGUCAGCAAGGCACUUGCUCUCUCUCCCAAAACCACACCAACAAAAUUGGAGAGCAUCUUGGCUUCAAUUUUGAGAAUUACCCAGAUCAACAAACUUCAAAUUGAGUCCCUAAUGUCCCUGAAAAUGGCUUUACAGACGAGUUUGUCUCUUCAUCGUUCGCCAUCUCUUUCUCCUUCUCAUUCCUUCCUUCCAUUUGGGUCUCUUCAGCUCAAGCCUCACAAUCUCGUUCUUCAGGAAAUUAUGCAUCAUGUUGACGUACCAAUUUUGCGGAACGUUAGAAAGAGCUGUAGACUUAAUGUUGGGAGGCUUUCUAAACUUCAGGCAGAUGUUUCAAGGGAAAUUGGCAAUGGAAUCUCAAUCGUCAACAAUGUUUGAGAAUAGUCAACCAGAAAAAGGCCUAGCAUUAUUUGUAUCUGCUUUCUCAUCAGGGCAAUCCUUAUGGCUGAUUUCUGCUGAAGCAGCAUUUGCUAGGGAAGACAUGAAAACGAAUGCAGUUUACGAGAUUGGGGAGUUAUUUGAAUUAGGAAUACAGCUAUCUUAUCUAUUAUUAUUAUUAGGUCUUCUUGGGGUUGGUACCUUCUUUGUCAUACGCCAAGUUCUUGUUCGUAGAGAACUCGAUCUUUCUGCUAAAGAACUGCAAGAACAAGUGAGAAGUGGUGAUGCCAGUGCUAUGGAAUAUUUUGAACUUGGUGCAGUUAUGCUGAGGAGGAAGUUUUAUCCUGCGGCCACGAAGUAUUUGCUUCAGGCAAUCGAUAAGUGGGAUGGGGACGAUCAAGAUCUUGCGCAGGUUUACAAUGCCCUCGGGGUUAGUUAUGUGCGCGACGAUAAGCUUGACAAGGGAAUUGCCCAGUUUGAAACUGCUGUGAAGCUUCAACCUGGAUAUGUUACAGCUUGGAACAAUCUUGGAGAUGCAUAUGAGAAAAAGAAAGAAUACAAAGCAGCUCUGAAAGCUUUCGAAGAAGUUCUUCUUUUCGAUCCGAACAACAAACUUGCUCGUCCAAGACGAGAUGCAUUGAAGGAGCGCGUGGAGAUGUACAAAGGAGUUCCAGUGAAAUCUAAAAACAGAUGAGGAUCAUGGCCCUGGUAGCUUUUCUGUACUGAUUUUGUUGAAAAUGAGAAUUUACAUUUAUUAAUGUAUUAGAUGAGUAUAUUAGAGCUAUGGAUAAAGAGUAUCUUGAUGUUGUUGUGUAUGGUAACUUACAAAAAAAAAAAAAAAAAAAAGAGUAGCUUUGUUUUCUAAAA